UUUAGACGGUAAGAGUUUGACACUCUCUCUCGUGUCACCCUAGGAGAGAGAAGUCAUUUGAUGAUCCCCCUAAAAAAAGGAUUAUCAGAAUUACCUCGAAAAAUAUAUCCUCGAUAAACGAACUGGUAAGACCUCAAGACACUUUUCAAUUGCAGUAACUAGGUAUUACAGUUACAAAUUACAAUUAAUCAAAUCACUUAAAUCCCUAAAAGCCAUAACAACAUUAAUGUCAUGAACAAAACUUGUCACUCAACCGGAGAAUCAAACUUGAGACCUUACAAGCAACUUUGAGCAUUACCACCAAGGUAAUCUCAGACCCAUAUUGUUCGAAACACUAUAACAUUGACCUCCAAACUAAAGUAAAUUAAAUUAAGUAGAGCAACAUUCUAGCCGUAUCGUUAAGCAGAUGCGCCAAUCUCUACACACACAUACACACAUUACCUACGUAUGUACUCGUAAUAUAUGUAAUAAGUAAUCACUGGUAUAAUGCUAUAUAAACGGUCGGGAAUCGAUUCGUACAUCAUUCGGGCAUCUUCGGUCAAACGUGUGGUGUUCGGGAAAUUUGAAUUUUUGAUAUUGGAAAAACGUUUAUUUAACGGUUUUUUGGUUGAUUGAUUGCAAGUGAAGUGUUGUAAAGGUUACAAAUCAUUGUGUAAGAAAUCUCCGAAAUACCUCAAAAUAUGAAGCUCCUCCUAAUCAGUGCGUUAGCAGUGGUGUGCUUAGCAGAGCCUCCAGUGGACAAUAGAUACUUGCCACCACAGUCAGGGGGCGGAGCACCCUCGGCAUUAUACGGAGCCCCCGGAACAGGCUUCCAGAGACAAACUGAUGCUGUGUUCAGGUACACCAAAGCCGUGGCCCAUCCCGCGCUGGUGGUCGUCGUCCUUCGUCCCAGUACGGUGCUCCUCGCUCAGGCCAAGGCCAAUUCAACGCACCAUCCACCCAAUACGGUGCACCUGGACAAGGAAACCAGCCAUCAUCGCAGUAUGGAGCUCCGUCUCAAUUUGGAUCACAAUCUGCCCAAUUCGGAUCACCUUCGACCCAGUACGGUGCCCCAUCUGCCCAGUUCGGAUCUCCUUCAACUCAGUACGGAGCUCCGUCUGCCCAGUUUGGAUCUCCAUCUUCCCAGUAUGGUGCUCCAUCAGCCAAUGCUCCUUCUCAGCAAUAUGGUGCUCCUGGAUUUGGCGGUGCUGGUGGGCGGUUCCUUCGGUGGUCAGUCGUACAGAGGUCAGGAACAGAGUCGCCAGUACUUGCCUCCUGGCUCUGGCGCUAACGGAUACGGUGCUGACGAUGGCAGCAACGGGGAGCCCGCAAACUACAACUUCGAAUACAUGGUAAAAGAUGACGCAUCCGGCAAUGACUUCGGACACAGGGAGUCCAGACAAGGAGACAGGGCGGAGGGCCUGUACUAUGUGCUGCUUCCCGAUGGCAGGAAACAGACUGUCCAAUACGAAGCUGACCAAGACGGCUACAAACCCAAGAUCUCCUACGAAGACACUGGUCUCGGUCAGGGAGGCUAUGACAGAAAUAGCCAAUCAGGCUACAAUGGCAACGGCAACGGCUACCAAGGCCAGGGUGGACCUUACUAAACGGCUAUUACCAACGAAAUGAGGUCCGUACGUCUAAAAAAUACCAAUAUAAAGUAUGUUUUUAGACUUAAAAGUGGUAUUAAUUGUAUUAAUGAGCUUUGAUUGUUGUUUUUAAAAGUAAAAAUCAUUAAUAAUUAAUGCCAUGGACCUGAUAAAAUAUAGAAACUGGAAUUAUGGCGACGUAAUUUGACAUUUGUUAUAUUUUAUCUGUGCAAAAAUUAGGCGGGAAUGUUUUAGAGGUUAUGUCUGUCAGAAAUGAAAAUAUUACUUUAAUUAAUUGUGCCGUGAUAUAUUUCCUUUGUGUAUAUUGUUUAUAGAAACCUUUGCUAUUAUUUAGAAAGGUAAAUAUGUGAAUAGAAAUUUAAUAUUUUCAUUUUUGACAAAGAUUUUUUGAGGUUAUUUUUAGACGACGACUUACGCUGUAUUUAAUGGAUACGAGUCAUAAAAAGACUAAUGUACAAAACGCUUAUUUAGUUGUAGGUUUGCUAGGAAAAAAAUCUAUAUAAAAUACUCUAUCUUCUAUAUACUUUCCAAGUAAUAUCUGUUUAUUCUUUAUACUUGAAAGGCCAGUAAUUUAAAAUAUCUACAUAGAAAUGUAAAUGGACGAAAUACUCACUAUUUUUCUAUAAAAACCACUCUAUGUUUAUCUUAUAUUAAUAUGUAUUCAUGUGAAUUCUAU